AUGGUCUCUAUAACCCUCUCUCCUUGUUUCUACUGUUUUUCCGGUGACCAUUUGACUGAUCUUGUUUGUGCCGAUGUAUGUGUUUUGCAGUCAGUUCGAGGAGGAAGAGAGAGGAUGAUGAAAGAAGACAAAGGAAGGAAUCCACCGUCACGACAUCUCUGGGUCGGUAACCUUACUUAUGGUAUAUCUGAACGAGAACUAGCCGACGAGUUCAUAAGGUUCGGUGAAUUGGAGAGUUUGGCGUUUCAGCCUUCACGAAGCUACGCGUUUAUCAACUUUCAACACGAAGAGGAUGCUUUCGCUGCUAUUGAGUCGCUUCAAGGUUUCCCACUCGCUGGCAAUCCGCUUAGGAUCGAGUUUGCAAAGGCGGAUAAGUCAUCGGCUGGAUCACGCACAGAAGAUAUAUAUCGUCACGAUGAACAGCGGCCUGCAGCAAGAGGGUCACCAUUUGUCCAAAAAGACUCCAGAAUGCGUUUUGAGAGCCCAGACACAUAUAGCAAAUCAAAAAUGAGUGAUAGAAAUGCAGAGCCCAGUGAGGUACUAUAUAUAGGAUUUCCGGCUUCGAUGAAAGUAGAUGAUGUGCUCUUAAGGGAAGUCUUUUCUCCAUUCGGAGAAAUAACGAAGGUCACGGUAUUCCCUGGUCGCAGUUAUGCAUUUGUUCAAUUCCGGAACCUGAUGGCAGCUUGUAAUGCAAAAGAAACUCUUCAGGGAAAAUUAUUUGGCAAUCCUCGAGUGCAUAUUUCUUUUGCAAAGAGUGAACCUUCCUCAUCUAACAGUGGAAGGGGUCCGUCCAGUCGAUCUCGCUCUCCACCUUACAGAUCUGUUGAUCGACUAGGAUCUUCAGAAGGUUAUCAUCAGGAUAGAAAUUAUGGAAGCAUCAGCAGAAAUCCCAGUGCGAGGGACCAACAUUACAUAGCAGAUCGGGAUUUGGAAGAUUCUGAAGAUUACAUGUUUAACAGGAGAGGAGCUUCGAGGAGUGAUGGAGGCCCUGCAUAUGGAAGGUUGAGGUCUGCACAUAAAUUGCCUCAGGAUAUGCAUGAAUAUCGGGAUAGUCCUAGGGAAAUGGGUUCGUCAUUCCGUGAUGAUCCUCACAGAUUCCCUUCAAGGAGCUCAUUGUAUGAAGAGCCAUGGGGUUUACCCGAAGAAGACUACUACUACCAGGAAAGCAAGAGACUGAAGACAAGAUCCGUGCAGCCUGAGAGACAGCUCCCAGGACAUCCGUAUUCUGGUAUAGAGCUAGAAAGACGCUCUUUUUCAAGAGCAUCUGCUGAUUUUUCCCCAAAAGAGCGGAACUAUGAGGCUGGACAGCUAAGAUACAAGGAAUCGGUUGAGCAGCCAUUGAAUCUGGCUACAAGGAACGGGGAAAGGAGUAGCUUACGAGAACCACAUGACGAGUUACUGGGUGGUUAUUCUCUGCCAUCAAUUGUCCCUGAAAGAAAAAGGUACACCCCUGAACUGAAGCGACCGUCACUAAAAGACUGGAACUGGGAAGGGACUAUUGCGAAGGGAGGCAAUCCCAUUUGUCGUGCUAAAUGCUUUCCCGUUGGCAAAGUGAUGGACAUGAUGCUGCCUGAGUUUCUAGAUUGCACAGCAAGAACUGGUUUAGACAUGUUGGCGAAGCAUUAUUACCAAUCAUCUGAAGCGUGGGUGGUUUUCUUUGUUCCUGGAAGUGAUGCUGAUAUUGGGUUCUACAACGAAUUCAUGCAUUAUCUGGAGGAGAAGCAACGGGCAGCUGUUUCUAAAUUGGAUUACACAACAACGUUGUUCCUCGUGCCUCCAUCUGAUUUCUCCGAAAAAGUACUUAAAGUUCCUGGGAAACUAAGCAUCUCUGGGGUUAUUCUACGAUUAGAACACGGUGGUUCUGGAUCUGGGCCUGUUCAACAGCAAGGUGAGAGAAAAGAUCAAGACUUGUUAACCUAUUAUGGUGAGACACCGUAUUCAGAGGCUGGCGGAGCUUUUCCUGAUGUUGGAAACCCACGUAUUCCAGGUCCACCAACAUUAUUGCGUAGUGCUGCUCGAGAUGUUCCAACUGCUCAUAUGGAUCCAUACAUUGAGAGCAAGCAUGAGCAGUUGAGUCACCGGUAUUCUGGAAUGGAGUGGCCACCUCGUGAUUUGUCAGUUACCAACAGCAGAAGUUCACAGAUGCAGCCCUUCACAGAUCAUACUGUCCAAGAUCAUGGCGGGUUUGUUCCUGGGAAUCAGCCAAAUGCAGAUCUAAGUCGUUAUCAUGAAACAGAACAGCUUACACAUUUAGCUUCCUCUCUGUCCAGACACCAAAAGCAAGUAGAUAACUUUCCAAAUCAGCCACAAGAGGCUCGAGCAAGUUUCAGCCAUUUGCAGCACGUGCAGACACCAAGCAUACCUCAAUUAGUAUCACAAGGGAAUCAAAAUGUACAGCUACAAGGUAGCAACAGCCAAGAAGAUGAAGAAACUGAGGCUAAUCCAGAGAAGCGCCUGCAAGCAACGUUACAGCUAGCAGCAGCACUUCUCCAGCAGAUUCAACAUACUAAAAACUAG